UGUUGAUAUUGCGCCUUUUUUGAACAUCGACGUUAACUCUCACUUGCUUAUUGCUUCUGGAGUGUACCAUUCAUAUGAUAUAGAAUCAUUGGGGACUUUAACAGAAGCCGCCAGAGCAGACAUCGAUAUACCCCGCCCCCGCUCAUAUCUCUUAUCGUCAACUGCAACCUGGAACACGUCCACGUCACGGUACGACAGGUUGUUGCAUGGUCCGAACGUUCUAUAUAUCAUCCAGAAGUCGAGAUCCCCGUAGCUACUUCCUGCUGACAGGAGUCGAUCACAGGAGUCUGGAUCCGUGACCGGAAACUGCGGCUCCUCCUCGCUCGAGCUUGCAGGCAAGCCGAAGUCACGUUAUUGGACCCUGAGUACCAGUCUUGCGCUGGAGAUAUCAACAUGUUUUCCUCUAAGAAACCUUAUUCCGCAGUCACUGUCGCUGUUGAAAACCUCACCAGUGAGCAUUACGAGGAAGACGAUGUUGGUGGCAUCCCAGAUCUUGUAGAAGCUAUCAAGCUUCAAGCAAGUGGUCCAGCUGAAGCUGCUCGCGCAAUCCGCAAGAAAUUGAAGUACGGCAACGUCCACCGUCAAAUUCGUGCUCUUGUUAUUCUGGAUGGCCUGAUUCAGAAUGCGGGAGCUCGUUUUCAGAGAACCUUUGCGGAUGAGAUGUUGUUGGAGCGCUUGCGAGUUUGCGGUACUUCCGACCUCUCAGAUCCGCUAGUAAGAGAUAAAUGCAAGGAGCUGUUUCGAAACUGGGCCGUUGAGUACAAGAACGUUCGGGGCUUGGAACAAGUUGCUGGUCUCUACAAGCAAUUACCUCGUCGCAAGCAGGUAGUCACGCAAGACCAAUCCAAGGUCCUUCGCGAGACAGCCGAAAAUCCAUUCGAGGAUGACGAAGAGGAGGUAGUAGCGCCUCCUCCACAACCUCGACAUGCCUCUGUUGCUAGCUCUCCGGCACAAUCUAGCAGAAGCUCGCCGCCUCCAUCGUUCUUCUCCAGCAUAUCUUCAUCCACUGAUACGAAGAAAUCCAAGAAGGAAAAGGACAAGAAGAAAAAGAAGGGCAAGCCGUUCAACCUAGAGUCCGAGAAGGAAACUAUGAAGAACUGCAUUGCAGAAUCAUCUGUGGCUUCGACCAAUCUAUUGAAUGCACUUCGAUUGAUUAAUCGUGAGCGGGAACAAAUUUCCGAGAACAAGAAUGCAGUCCACCACUUUGAGUUCUGUAAAUUGCUGAGACGCAAGAUCUUACGUUAUAUCCAACUUGUCGAAUCUGAGCAGUGGCUUGGAGCUCUUUUGCAUGCCAAUGACGAGCUUGUGACUGCUCUUAUGACGUUCGAGCAACUUGACCGCUCCAUUGACGCUGACAGCGACUCGGACGACGAGCUAGCCCAUCAACAGCAUCUAUACAAGACCAUGUCCGACAAAGGCAAGGAGAAUGCAGCUGCCAAUCAAUUCGCCGGUCUUUCCCUCGGCACGAAGAGUCCCAGCCCACCACGACCACCCCGUCAACCUCCUCGUCCAGCCCCACAGCCAGAGCCCGAGGAAGAAGAUGACUUCGAAGAAGAGGACGAGAACGAUCCCUUCGCUGAUCGUAACGCUCUUCAAACUCCUAAAGUUGAGAAGAAAGAGCCAGUUUGGAGAGAUGUCUAACGAGCACAGAGUGAAUUGAAGACGGAAGUUUAUGAGGGUAUGAGAUCAUGAGAUGAGUUUUGAGCGUUGGACAGCAUGCAAUUGAGGACCAUGAGAGCGGAAGGAUUAUUGGAGCGAGGAUUAGCAUGAGUCAAGAGUGAAGACAGUAGUAGUAUUAGGCGGUGAUGAGUGAAUGAAGCUGCA